AUCGGCGCGGCGGUGCGGUGGACGGCCGCAGCCGCCGCGGCCGCCGCACAGCCGGACAGUCAGAAGGAGAUCAGGUUCCCGGUCACAAAGCAGCCACCACCGUCCGCGCCGGCGCAGGCGCAGGAGCUGUACCGGCGGUUGCACAGCCGUUCGCUGUCGUCGCUGCCGCCCGAACCGUUCAUGAUAAUGCGGUCGAAGGCCCUCAACCGAAGAGUAUGCAUCAACGUGGGCGGUGUCAAACACGAGAUACUGUGGAGGACCCUGGAGCGGUUGCCACACACCCGGUUGGGCCGGUUGAGGGACUGCAACACGCACGAGGCGAUCUCCGAGCUGUGCGACGACUAUUCGUUGGCCGACAACGAGUACUUCUUCGACAGGCACCCGAAAUCCUUCAGCUCGGUAAACAUAAGUCAAUCAUAUUAUAAUCAUAUUAYAUUUUAUAUAUUUAGGACUGCGAAACCGAAACAAAAAUGUAUAGCACGUGUAUUCGUGGACGGACGUAGUCUGACCGGAGCCGCACGCGGUUGUUUGUGUGUGAACCCGCAGGUGAUAGCUGUGAUAUCGAUACUGUUCAUCAUUAUGUCGACGGUGGCGCUGACGCUCAACACGAUACCGUCGCUGCAAGUGGAGACGAAAGGGGUGAUCCAGGACAACCCGGUGUUCGCCAUGGUGGAGCUGGUGUGCAUCACGUGGUUCACCCUCGAGUACCUGCUCCGGUUCAGCGCGUCGCCCAACAAGUGGAAGUUCUUCAAGGGCGGCCUGAACGUCAUCGAYCUGCUGGCCAUACUGCCGUACUUCGUGUCGCUGAUACUGGUGGCCGAAACGGACAAAACGGACACGCACCAGUUCGACGACGUGCGCCGCGUCAUACAGAUAUUCCGGAUCAUGCGCAUACUCCGCAUACUCAAGCUGGCCCGUCACUCCACCGGCCUGCAGAGCCUCGGGUUCACGUUGCGCAACUCGUACAAAGAGCUGGGCCUGCUCAUGCUGUUCCUGGCCAUGGGCGUGCUGAUAUUCUCCAGUCUGGCGUACUUCGCCGAGAAGGAGGAGCCCGGCACCAAGUUUCUGUCCAUACCCGAGACGUUCUGGUGGGCCGGCAUCACCAUGACCACCGUUGGCUACGGCGACAUAUACCCGACCACGGCCCUGGGAAAGGUCAUCGGCGGCGUCUGUUGUAUCUGUGGCGUGCUGGUCAUUGCGCUGCCCAUUCCGAUUAUUGUCAACAAUUUUGCCGAGUUCUAUAAAAAUCAGAUGCGACGAGAGAAGGCGCUCAAGCGGCGCGAGGCGUUGGACCGCGCUAAGCGCGAGGGAAGCAUCGUGUCCUUCCACCACGUCAACCUCAGGGACGCGUUCGCCAAGAGCAUGGACCUGAUCGACGUGAUUGUCGACAACGAGAGCGACGUGCCGAAGCUGUCCAAGCAGAAUUCGCUAAGAUCACACGUUGGCAGCAAUUAUUCGCAGUACGACGGGAUGAGCAGCGGCAGCGAGACGGUCCCGUUGAACCCGGCACCGGCGCGGGGUGCCGUGACCGCCAAACCGGAACCUCAGACGCUGUUGGACAUCGACAAUCCGGAACAAAACGCCAAUUCGUUUGGGAAACCGUUCGAGAGCUCGGGGAAUAUGUCCGUGAGUUGUUUUAUCGAAAAAUUAGAUGAAAAUUUCAAUGAGUUCGAAUGUUGCUCUUGUAGACAAAAGGAAGUCAAGGAGUACUUGGACGCGGAACACCUGACGCCGUACCCGACCACCGACCUACGGACGCCACUCAGCGUGGAGAUGAGAACGCUCAAGGAGGCCGACGGGUCAUCGUCUGGCGGAGGCCAGUGGCGUUCGCGCAACGAGGUAGGCAGCGUUGACAGUUCGGACACGUACAUCAGCUGCAAGUCGCAACCGUUCCAUUCCCAGGGCGACUUGACGGCAGCCGACGACCUCCACGACGCCGUUUUCGAGCCGGCCGGUGGUCACGUCCCAGCCAGCGGCCCCGGCCCGCCUGCCGCCGGUAAGGGCGGGGCCGGCAACGACUCCAACCUGUACGUCAACCCCCUGGAGAGCACCGGUGGCAAAGGCGGCAAAGGGGGGCCACCCCGGAGCUUGGGCACGUCGCCGAUGGACGAGUGCAAAGAGUUUUCGGGCCGGACUGCGGCGGUCGGCAGUCGCGGAAGCCUCAACGAAACGGCCAAACAGCGGAAGACGAGAUUUUCUCAAAUAAGUGGGAAAAGCGGCAAGUCCUCGGCGUCGGUGUCGGCCGAAUCGAUAAACCGUUCGCCGGAACCGCAUCGGAGGUCGAAGUCGAUACUGAAACGGCACCAGAACCAAGGGUCGUCGCAAACGUCGCAAGACUCGCCGUCGGGCAACCACGGCGCUAGGAUAGGCAUCCGGCGCACGGCGCACGUGGACCCGGAAACGGAAAAGCUCAUACCCGACAAUCUGUCCGACUAUUCGCCCGGAAAGAGUCCGAUGUCCCCGCAGCAGCAGCAGCAUCAACCGCCGCAGCAGCAGCAGCAGCAGCAACCUCCUCCGGCACUUCCGCUGCUGCCACUGCCGCAGCAACAGCCGCGGCACAACAACAACCAUCACCGCCACAACAGCAACCACCGCCUCAACAACAACAACAACAACAACAACGGUCGGACAACCGGUGGCGGCGGCGGCAGAGCGCCGGUCGAGGUGGCGCUGCUCCAGGACCUGCUCGAAGACUCGGGCGGCCCGAUAUUCAUUUGUCCUCCGCCGCCGCCCAUGAACGACAACACCGACAAGAGAUACUCGUAGCCGCCGCACUUAUACGAGCUACCAUAUAAAAGUAUUAAUAUAUUAUUAUUGUGUAUACGUAUAAUAUUAUGAUGAUUAAUAAUUGGAAUAUAAUGUGUGUGAAAUCGUAUAUUCGUAUAAUAUAAUGCCGCACUCUAUAGCAAGCAAAAUUCGCAGACGCACACGUAGAACAUAAUGAUAUACAGUACGAAGACAAUAAUAAUAUAUAAUAAAAAUAUAUUAUACACACACAACUCGUUCGCCAUUAUAUUGUUAUACACAUAUUAUAUAUUAUACGAUAUACAUAAUAAUAUGACGAACACGGUAUUACAAUAAAAUAUAACUGUCGUCGGGAUGAAUCAAGUGAUGUGCCGCCACUGCAGUGAAACCCGGAACCUAUCCAGGAUGCGAGCAUCCUGUAAUAUUACUAUAUUAUUGCCGCCAUACGUACGUACCUAUGUGUAUAUUUUUUGUACAACAAUAUUCGUGGACGCUCAGCCGUUUGCAAGAACUCCGCCGCCCCGUCCAGGCUGGGGUGCCCGGUGGCGUAUUAUUUCAACAAUAUACAUUUUACGUACCAUAUAAUAUAAUAUGAUAACAAUAUUAUAUAUCAUGCGUAUGUAUAUGA